AUGAUGUCUUCCGGGACAUCCUCGUACUGGUGCUACCGGUGUAGCCGCUUCGUCCGUGUCUUACGCCACGACGCCGUUGUCUGCCCCGAUUGCGACGGCGGAUUCAUCGAAGAAAUCGAACAUCCGCCGCGCUCCGUCCACCUAGACCCCCGCCGACGCCGCUUCCCUCCGGCCGCCAUGUACAUGAUCGGCCAACGCCCCGCAUCCGAUAACGCAGGCCGCCCCGCCCUACGCCGCACCCGUCGCAACGGCGGUGACCGCUCCCCCUUCAACCCCGUCAUCGUCCUCCGCGGCGGGACCGCCGCCUCGGCCGCUACCGCCACCGCCGAGGAUGAAAGUCGAGGCUUUGAACUCUUCUACGAUGACGGUGCUGGUUCUGGCCUCAGACCCUUGCCUCCGAGCAUGUCAGAGUUUCUUCUCGGAUCUGGAUUCGAUAGGCUUCUUGAGCAACUUUCUCAGAUUGAGAUCAAUGGUAUUGGGAGGUACGAGCACCCUCCUGCGUCAAAAGCAGCCAUUGAUUCGUUACCAACCAUUGAAAUCGAUGAUACUCACUUAGCCAUGGAAUCGCACUGCGCGGUUUGCAAGGAAGCUUUUGAAUUAGGCACCGCCGUAAGGGAAAUGCCGUGUAAGCAUAUAUAUCACCCUGAAUGCAUCUUACCAUGGCUCGCACUGCACAAUUCUUGCCCCGUUUGUCGCCACGAGUUACCUGCGGAUUCCCCAAACGCAAAUUCAAAUACAAAUCCAAAUGCAAAUUCAAACUCAAAUCCACGUGAAAACGUAGGGUUGAACGAGGAAGAGAAUGUGGGGUUGACGAUUUGGAGGUUGCCCGGUGGAGGGUUUGCUGUAGGGAGAUUCUCGGGUGGGAGAAGAGGUGCUGAGAGGGAGCUUCCUGUGGUGUACACUGAAAUGGAUGGAGGAUUUAACAAUGGAGGUGAGCCGAGGAGGAUUUCAUGGUCUUCGAGAGGGAAUAGAGGGAGAGAGAUUGGGGGGUUUAACCGUUUUUUUCGCAAUUUGUUUGGUUGCUUCAGAGGUGGGGUUGAAAGUAGUGGUGCCAGUACUACACAGCGUUCUGCUUCUAGCAGAGAGUCUAUGAGAGCGAGUUCUUCUCGUUCUAGUAUGGAUCCUUCUCCGCGAUCACGCAGGACAUGGUCUAUGGAUGUAAACAGUGGGAUGAGAGCAUGGUAG